AAAAAAUCACUAUUCACAAGGAAUAAUAAUUCUCUCUCAUUCCCUUUCAUUCCUUUUUUUGUAGAGAAUUAAAGAACAAAAGUAUUCCUUGUUAAAAGUGAUAAGGAACGACCAUUCCUUUUCAUUCCUGCUAUUUUAUUCCCGAACAUUCCUUUUUAAUCUGUUCCUCUUGUUUCCCGAAUGGUCACCAGUCAGACCCUUAGUUAAAUUAGAGGCGUAGAAUUAAUAGAAUUGUGAUAUGGUAAUCUUUAUACUACUAUUAUUUGGAAAUUGAUUUUGUUUAUUUGUCAUAAUUUCUAUUAUUUUAUGUUAUUUUGCUUAUUUGGUACGUUUUAAAUAAUUUUAGCUAAUUCAUUAAUAUAUUUGUCAUGUUUUUACUAAUUUUAGCUAAUUCAUUAAUUUUAGCUAAUUCAUUUAUAUAUUACUCUUAUUCUUAUUUAAGAUAUUGAUCCGACUAGAAUAAAGUUAGAAAUAUAUCCUAGGAUAUCACUAAAAUUUUUUUUGUCACAAAUAUAGACUCUAAGUAUCAAAAUGACCAAAAUAUUUAAUUAAAAAGAUAAAUAUACAUUUAUACUCUUUGAGAUAACUAAUCCAAAUUUUAGGGUUUAGAAUUAAGAAGUGGAAAUUUGAGAUUGGAGUUUAAAAUUUUAUAAAAUAAAAAAUAAAUACUAAAAGUUUGAAAAUAAAAUUUUAAAAAUAGUUUCAAAAAUAUAUAUUCGAAUUACAAAAUAAAAUUUGAAAAAAUAAAUAAAAAUAAAUAAAAAAGUUCGAAUUUGAAAACAUAUAAUUUAAAACUAUAAUUCCUUGAUUUUUUUAUUUUUCUUAUUUUUAUUUUUAUUUUUAUUUUAAUAUAUCUAGGUAUUAGAGUUCUUUUACCUAUUAAAUGAAACAUUUUGAUCAUUUUCCUUCUUGUGGUCUAUUUUGUGAUCAAAAUUUGAAAAUGGUCUAUUUAGAAAAAAUACCCUUAAGUUAAGAAGCUAAAAUUUUGGUAAACAAAAAUAUGAUGUAAACGUUAGCAGGAUGGGUUAGACAGAAUCCACAACAUUCGACGGCAAAGAUUUGUAACUAGCAUACACUGUCAAUCAAUAUAUCAAAGUUUUUAUGAUAAGAAUCCACACCAGAUUUGAAAGUAAAAUCGAUUUUCAUGUUGUGUGUUUUGAAGUUUUUUUUGGCAGUUUCAUGCAUGAUGGUGAUUUAUAGAGGUAGAUAAAAUUUAAAGAGAUCAAGAUUCACCUUAUUAUUUUACUUUAUUACAUAGAAUGUUUGAUAUAUCGUUAUGUUCUCAAAGUUGUCUUAAAAAUCGAAAAUUAUACGCAAGAUCAGAAAUGAUUUUAGACUAUAAAAAUAAUUUUAGACUAUUUUAGACUAAGAAAUAUUGGUAAGAUGAAACACCUAGUUUGAUGAUAAUUCUUUUAUACCAUAUUUUAUUCUCAUCUCAUCCCUCUCUUUGAACACGUGGGACAUUAGAUAGCUUCGUCUAACUCAAAGAUUUGAGCCCGGCCCACUAUCUAUAAAAAGCCCAUAUAAGAAGACAAAAAAAAGUCUGAAGUUUCAACAAUGUAAAAGAAAUUAGUGCGACGAGGUCAAAGCUUUUUUAUUGUCACUGGGACGUAUCUCAAUCUACAAGUCGUGGGGUCCCUUCAAUAUUGUUGAUAUCACUCUAAUUGACACGACGACUCACCGAAGAAGCUAUCCUUUUUGUAGUUUACCUGGGAAAAAAAUUAAUCAAAUCGAAAAACGCACUAACAAGCUUGAGGAAAAUAAUGAGCACCGAGUACGAUUAUCUGUUUAAGCUUUUGUUGAUCGGUGACUCGUCUGUUGGAAAAUCAUGCCUCCUUCUUCGAUUCGCCGAUGAUGCUUACAUUGACAGUUACAUUAGUACCAUUGGUGUUGACUUCAAAAUUAGGACGAUUGAGCUGGAUGGGAAGACCGUUAAGCUGCAAAUCUGGGAUACUGCUGGGCAAGAACGUUUCAGGACCAUCACUAGCAGCUACUACAGAGGAGCUCAUGGAAUCAUUAUUGUGUACGACUGUACUGAGAUGGAGAGCUUCAACAACGUGAAGCAGUGGUUGAGUGAGAUCGAUAGGUAUGCUAAUGACAGUGUUUGCAAGCUUCUUAUCGGUAACAAGAAUGAUAUGGUUGAGAGUAAAGUUGUUUCCACCGAAACUGGAAAGGCCUUAGCGGAUGAGCUUGGAAUUCCAUUUCUUGAGACCAGUGCUAAGGAUUCUAUCAAUGUCGAACAAGCAUUCUUAACUAUUGCUGGCGAGAUUAAGAAGAGAAUGGGAAGCCAGCCUAAUGCAAACAAUACAUCUGGAAGUGGAACUGUUCAGAUGAAAGGUCAGCCAAUUCUACAGAACAAUGGCGGUUGCUGCAGUAGUAGUUAAGCAUACUGUUAUCAAAAACUAUGUGAGACUUAGUUUUUCUGUUCUUACUAUGUGUUGUGAAAACCAAUGGCUGUCUAAAACAACUGGAAACUUUAUUUCACGUCACUGUGACAUUGUGCCCGAAUAAUCUAUAUGGUGUUAGUUGCUCUAUUCCUGUCUCUAGUAUAGUACAUCUUGAGAUUUUACUUAUAUAA